ACAGGGAGGUCUGCAAUCCCUAUGCUGGGAUUCCCUUACUCAACCAUGCCUGACCCAGGGUGGUCAGAAUUCUACUACAGUAGCAAAAAGAGCUCCUACAGGGAAAUCAACACCCAGAAAAGCCUCACGGAGUCAGCAUCUCCCUGUCCCUGUCGUUUUGGUUCAAGACCAUUUGGGGGACACUCCUGGAUAAGUGGUUCUUUCUGACAUUUUCAAGAGGAAGCAAAAGCUAUCAGCAGGGCUCCACGUCGGCACCAGCUGCGGGGCAAAAUGGAGGCGCUGAUUUUGGAACCCUCCCUGUAUACUGUCAAAGCCAUCCUGAUUCUGGACAAUGAUGGAGAUCGACUUUUUGCCAAGUACUAUGACGAUACCUACCCCAGUGUCAAGGAGCAAAAGGCCUUUGAGAAGAACAUUUUCAACAAGACCCACCGGACUGACAGUGAAAUUGCCCUCUUGGAAGGCCUGACAGUGGUAUACAAAAGCAGCAUUGAUCUCUAUUUCUAUGUGAUCGGCAGCUCCUAUGAAAAUGAGCUGAUGCUCAUGGCUGUUCUGAAUUGCCUCUUCGACUCACUGAGCCAGAUGCUGAGGAAAAAUGUAGAAAAGUGAGCUCUGCUGGAGAACAUGGAGGGGCUCUUCUUGGCUGUGGAUGAAAUCAUAGAUGGAGGGGUGAUCCUGGAGAGCGAUCCCCAGCAAGUGGUACACCGGGUGGCAUUAAGGGGAGAAGAUGUACCCCUUACGGAGCAGACCGUGUCUCAGAUGCUGCAGUCAGCCAAAAAACAGAUCAAGUGGUCACUCCUUCGGUGAAGAUCCCACUGUUCCUGGCUCCUCACCCCCCUCAAAAAAUCCACGUCUGCUGUGACUUCUCAUCCAGCCCCCCAGUUGAUGCUCUCAGGGUCAUCUCGGGGAUAACAGGGAUCCUUAAAUCUCCAUCCUGUCUGUGGUUGCCCCCUCGCAAACCUGUAUACGCUUCCCGUUCCUUCUCUUUUUUGCAGUUCUGGGAGUAAAGCUCUCAGCAGAUUUGGACACAGGGCAGGGGAAGCACUCUCUUCCUUGCUCGACUGGAUUAUGCUCCCAUGCUCUCCUAUCCCCCAUAUUUCCUCCUCCACUUCUGUGCCCUUUGCUGCAGCUACGCUUCAGAUCAAA